AUGACGUAUGUAGGAAUCGAAAUGACGUAUGUAGAAAUUGAAAUGACGCAUGUAGGAAUCGAAAUGGCGCAUGUAGAAAUCGAAAUGACGUAUGUGGAAAUGGAAAUGACGUAUGAAUGGACCGAAUUCGUCGAAUCGGCUGAAGAAGGAGUUGUAGUAUUUACAUUGGGUUCACAGAUUAGCAUAGGCGAAGACUUGGAAAAAGCAACAAAGUUUGUUAGAGCUUUUGCUAGAUUGCCACAAAAAGUUAUUAUGAGAUACGUAGGGGAGCCACUAAACGGAGUCGGCGAGAACACUAAACUUAGCAGUUGGAUUCCACAAAAUGACCUGCUAGGUCACCCAAAUACCAAAGCAUUCAUAGGUCAUGGGGGAAUUAAUGGAAUAAACGAGGCUAUCUACCAUGGAGUGCCUUUCAUUGGCGUGGCGGCACUUGGAGACCAGGCUGAAAAUAUAGGAAGACUGGUUAACAAAGGAAUGGCAAUUGCUUUAAAUUUACACUCCUUUUCAGAAGAUGAUGUCUACAACGCUGUGAAAAAGGUGAUCGAAGACUCCAGGUACAAAGAGAAUGCCGCCAGGUUAUCCAGUAUUCAGAAAGAUACUCCAAUGUCACCAGGAGAUACAGCUGUAUUUUGGAUUGAACACAUAUUGAAGUUUGGCGGUGAUCACCUCAAACCAGCAUCCCUCCAACUGAAUUUUGUCCAGUAUUUCCUUCUCGACAUUGUUGCUUUUGUAUUGGUCGUAUUUGCCUUUGUAAUCAUUGUUUCAAAGCUAGUAAUACAACAGGUCUGUAAAAUGUGUUGCAAACCAACGAAAAAGAAGCAACUGUGAUGGGACGAGAAACGUUUCGUGCAAAGAAGUAGUUGUAUUGGAGUUUGCGAAAAGCAUACACUUUCACUAAUUUUAAUCAGUAUCUAUGGGAAUGGUUUCGAAUAAAUAUAAAUA